AUUUACAAAACGAUGUCUCUGUAAAAAGUUUACUUCUGUCAUUCAAGAAGUCGGACAAAAAUGUAAUACCUACGGCAAUAAACAGAUAUCUUUUAUAAUAACCGUAUUCGUUUCAACUCGAAAAUGUUAACAGCUUCACAAUCAAGUGCGAGCAACAGGAGUACCAAAGAAGAAUUCGAGGAGGACGACGAUGAAUAUGAUGAGCCAGAAAUGCAGUGGAGUGAUAUCAUAUUCAUACCGUUCAAUCCUAUUUUCCAGUUGGUUGUGCUCAUUUGUGUCAUCCAUAAGACCUUGCUGGGACCGAUAGAAGCGGUUUUUGAUAUAACGGGCUGUACAAACAUCUUGGAUACGAAUAUUAUUACUCAAGGAAUAAGUUAUUUUUACAAUGUAAUUGCUGAUGGCAUCUAUUUUUUGGACACAUUUUUACACAUUGUGCACAGACAAGUUACAGAUAAAGCAGUCCGAAGAGAGCACCUCCCGAAAUCGGCAUUUCUUAUUUUACUGGACGUGUUGUCAUUGAUACCUUUCAGAGACAUGCUAGCCCCAGACCAAUGCGUAAUAGCUUUGUGGCCGAAUAUUUUAGAUGUUAUAGAGUUUGUUAUUAUUUACAGGAUUGUACAAUAUUUUGAACUCGUGAGUACACAUAAUUAUUGGAAACUAUACAUAGGAUAUACCAUUACCAUCUUUAUAAGUUUGAACUGCUUGGCAUGUAUGCUGAUAUUGCUUACAAUCCAUGGACUUUGUCCAAACUGUAACAAGACAAGUGACUUUUACGAUUGGAGAAUAUUUGCAAGAAAGGAGAAUGAAACUAUAAGCGAAAAAUUCGUAUGGUACUUUUAUGCGAACGAAUAUAUUUUAUCAUACGUUUUAAAAUAUGUAUUUGACCAAACUAAACCGCUAACGCUGGUGGAAUUUUUGUUAGCUUGCGGUCUUAUGAUCUUUGGCUAUAUAUUCGAAUGUGUUCUAUUAGUGCCAAAGUUUUUUUGCGAAGGUGUUUUAUCACUACGAUGGAUAUCUACUUUUCAUCCACAUGUUAAUAAACUUAUAGAAGAAACGAAACGUAGAAACCGUUCUCCUACAGCAUAUACCAGUGUUCAAAGUUUCUACAACCUAAUGUGGACCCAACGCAGUGGCAUUGUCUCUACUCCUGAAAUAUUAUUAGACUUGCCAAGAUAUCUACGAAUUGAAAUUCGACAAGAUUUGACAUGGCAAGUGUUCUACCACAGUCCGACAUUAAGAAAGACAUCAAGUCCUUUCAAAAGAAACGUCGCUGAAAUAAUACGUAUGGACUACAAGUUGCCCGGUGCAAGAUUUUUUGUUGGGCCACAUGCAAAUACAAAUCUAUGUUAUAUAAAAUCGGGCAUCGUACAAUUGAUUUCUACAGACGAUGGAACGACACCACUGUUGUCAGUUUCAGGAGGCACUCUUUUUGGAGAUAUCAGUUUUUUUAGUUAUCCUAUGAAAAGAAAAAUAUAUGUAAAAUGUUUGACAUAUUGUGAAAUCCUAUAUAUUACACGAGCCGAUUUUUUAAAAAGUCUACACCGUUACCCUGAGGAUAGAAAAAACGUUCUUAAACUUGUACAAGAAAAAAUACGACAUGCCAGAACAUUAUACAGUUGCAAACAAAAUAUAAAAGGUUUAGAUAGAUCUGAGGAUGAAGGCAUAGAAUGGCUAAAACGACGAUGGUGGGAAGUGUCUGAUAGCGUUGAUGCAUAUAAAAAAAGAUCACGGAUUUCCGUCCAAUGCGAAAUACCUCCAGAAGAUUCAAUAUAUCACUGUGCCAAGUACAUCGGACAAUUGGUCUUGUGCGAUGAUGCACAGUUAAAAAAGAAAUCAAUAUUUCUCAAUGAUACAUUUCCGUGGGUUCUAUCAUCAAAGUCAAUAUUUAACUAUAUUUGGCAUGUUUUUGUUGUUGUUAUAGUAUUUUUCGUAUUGAUAACCUUUCCUCCUAAUUUAUCACUCACACAAUUGCCGCCGUGGUUCAUAACAGUAAAAUAUUUCACAGAUUUUGUUUACAUCGCUGAUAUUUGUGUAUCUUUGUGCACAUCUGUAUCUUCCAAUGAAUCUUCUAGAAAAGAUUUUGCUUCGGCGAUGUUACUCAGGUGCAAAGAAAGUAGCUUUGUCAUCGAUGUACUCGCAGCAUUGUGGAUUGAAAAUAUUGCUCUUUUGAUCGGAACACCCCAGUACUAUUAUAUUUUUCAGUUUAAUCGUCUUCUUAAAGUAUAUAUGUUAUUUCCAACGGUCGGGCGGAAUUGGAGCAUAGGGGAAGAUCAUAUUUUUCCAGUACAUUUGAGAAUAUGCAUCAGUUAUUUUACUUUUAUGUAUAUUAUUGCCUAUUUAACUUUUAUAAUGGUUCGUCUCAUUCAAAGAUUGACACCUGAAUAUUUCUUUGGAGAGAUUGUCUGUGACAACCCGAAUUUACCACACAGAGAUUGUUACCUGCAGUCUUUGCAACAUGUCAUUGUGGCGAUAAGAUUUAUGUUUGAACAUACGCUCUACGAAAUUCUUCCAAAUAACAUAUUGGAUAUAUUCAUACGUAUAGUAAUAGUUUAUCAUGCGUAUCUUCUUUCUAUGUACUGCAAAUCUAGAUUUCUGGCAGGCAUGUAUUUAAAGUUUAGAGAAAUGGUGAGCUAUCAAAGAUUUGUGACUACAUUAAGAAAUUAUUAUCAUCAUCAUACGAUUCACAAAAGCCUUCUGAUAAGACUGGAAAGGUAUAUAUUAUGUCAUUGGAAUUAUUACCAUGGCGUUGAAGUGCUUCGUCAAAAUACUUUAAAAGGCGAGCCUUACGAUAUUUACUGGAAGGUGCAGGGUGAAGUGGCCGAGAAUAUUAUUGGCGAUUCACCGCUCAUGGACGGCGCUGACCCUGCACUCAUUAGAGAACUGGCUUGCAAUGUUAAAUACUUAAUAAUGCCUAAAUCUUCUACGUUAUUUUUAUUUGGUGUUUUAUGUAAAAAUGUCACCUGGAUUGUUCAAGGCAGUGUGAAAUGUGAGUACCACAACGAAAAUGGAGAAGUUAUGAGAAGAUUUUACGGGCCUGGUGAUAUGAUUAGUGUAGCAGCCACAAUAUUUGAAAGGCCUUCAAUUCGGACUUAUAUUGCACUUACAGAUUGCGAGAUAAUACACAUGGGAAUAAUUGACUUUCAAAAUAUCAUAAAAAAAUUCCCUCAUGAAUGGGGCUGUCUGCAAAGCACAAUCAAGGAAUUCUCAGGAGCAUUAGAUACUGUGAACAAUCUGUACUUCACCAGACAUGCAGAUUACCAGCGCAAACUACGGGAGCGUAUAUUUAGCGCGCGAAAAUCGCUAUACGCCAUGCAGCCCUCAAGGCCAGUUUUACCGACAAUGGCACAAAAACGCAAAAAAAGAAAAAACAUUGUUGAUUUAGACACCGAUUUACAUGUUAAUCCAAAAUCUAAUUUCAUGAAGUUUUGGAUGCCAUUUAGAGCUUUAACUGUAGCAUUAGGUAUUAUUGCAGCUGCAUUAAUAGGUGGAGGUGGAGUUUAUUACCAAUGGCAUUUAAAUUUUAUAAAGACUUUAUGUACAGCUAUAUCUUUAAUGGAUAUCAUACUGAAAAUGUUUUUAGCCUAUUAUGAUGAAAAAGGUAUUUUGAUUACUGCAAGACAAAAGACUAUAACGAACUAUGUCACUCGCGGGUUCACAAUGGAUCUUAUGGGCCUAAUCCCGUGGGACAGUGUAUUAAAACUAUUACUUUCCAAAAGCAUACCUGACGGCUAUUUGAAGCUUAUCAACACUACAACUCAGUUUGCUCAUCUGUACCUUCUAACUGGAUAUUUCGAUUAUUUAGCCGACCGGCCGUCGACGCUCGCCGUACUCAUCAAGAUAGCAAAAUGGCAACUAGUUAUAUUAUUAUUGACGCUCGCCGGCAGUCACUUUCUGAUCAACAAUUGCGUGGAGUACACUUUCGACUCCAACAACCGCGUCAUUAAUGUAAAAAAAAUUGACACUUGUUGGUUGCCCAGUUAUAUGGAGAUGGAUCCUAAUCCAACUGAAGGCCAAUUGACAAUGCUAUUUGCCCAUAGUAUUAAUUUGGCACAAUCUGGUCUUAGUAAUUUAAAUUUGGGUAAGUAUCGGAUUAAGGAGAAAGGAAAUUUACUCGUUGCAGUAAACCUAUUUAUCCUAGGUACGACAUAUUGGUUCGUCGUAGCAUACUCUUUGACAGUCUUAGUCCUCAUAUCGAGAACCGACACCUUGUUCCAACACAGUGUAUGUCAACUUCGGCGCUUUUUAAAAGCCGAAAGAGUUGAAAGCCAGAUCAUUACGCGAACGAUGGCUCACUUCAGUUACUGGUGGAUAAGGACCAAAGGCUUAAAUGUACAUACCUUAACGUUUGAACGCUUGGGUAUAAUCUUCAGGCAAGAUCUGAGUUACUAUUUUUACAAAACAACUUACUCUGUUCUGGACUCCAUACUAGAAGGUGGCGAACAAUUUCAACGUCAGAUGUCAAGUCAGAGUCUGCAAAUGUACUUUUUAUCGAAGUCAGAGAUCAUGAAAGAAAAACACCUAAUGCCUUUCAUAUACGUAGUCCACAGAGGCAGAGUAGUGGUGACCCAGGGCGGAGAGAAACUGGCUAUUUUGACUAAGGGAGCCAUAUUCGGCCAGCUUACAGGCACCACGCCGCGUCCCGUCAAAGUAAGCGUCAAAGCAGACGGGUACGCUGAUGUAUUACAGUUGACGAUCAAGCAGUUCAAUGAGCAACUCACCGAUGACAUCAAAAGAAGAAUUGAAGAGAAUCCAGAAUCGCAAUUUGACUAUUUAGCAACAAAAACAGUUUUCUACGAAAACCCUAUGAAUACUAUAAAAUACAUAUUAAGAGGUCGCAAAACUAUAAGACUGCCAUGGAUGCGUUCAGCAAAGGAAGCACAUAGAGGCAACUGGUAUUACCGGUGGCUGUACGUGGCGUGGCUGAUCGCGCCCGCCGGCGCCACCUGUCUCACUGCGAUAUUCUUCAUCCUGCCUGAGGAAGCCACUUCUAUCGAAAUGUAUAUCGGCAUCAUGGUCAUCUUUGAUCUCAUACACUUAAUUCAUACUAUCAUUCAAUAUUACAAUUUGGAAAUUGAAAUAGUCGGCGACAAAUGCGUAUAUAAUAAAGUGGGGCUUCGGUUAUUUAAAGACUGGAGGUUGUACGUCAAUCUAUUGUCAAUGAUGGUGCCUUUACUUUCAUUAUUGUUCAAUUCUUGGGUUUUUCGGUUGGCCAGGUUGCUCCGUUUGUAUCAGUUUUACGACUUCUAUAAACACUUUUGCAGAACCUUUAAGAGCCAAUGGGCUUCAAUUGCACUGAAAUUUUUAAUUUUGACAUUACUAAUACAUCUAAUGACUUGUGGAUGGAUAUAUUUUGCAUGUAGAGAACCUAAUUUUCCGAUACAACUCCCAAACAUUACUGCUAGUUAUAAUCAAAGCAUUGAUUACGGAGAAUGGACAAUGGUUGAUCAGCGUAAAGGAGGUUGCGCCCGAAUCACACGCAACUUUUUGGACUCCUCUGGAAACAUCAAAUUUACUUUUAUCGUUCCAAAGCACUGGGCAGCUGACUACAUUGUGGCGUUAACGUUCGUAAUAUUACUGCAAACACAUUAUGCUUUGGAUUGUGUCAUGCAAUUGAACAUUACUCAAAUUUACUACAAGAUCUUCAUAGCCUUCAUAAUAAAUUUGAUUGAUAUAUGGCUUAUGAGCGUGGCUGUUAGUGCGGUGUAUACCAAGUUUCGAGAACUUUACCAGUAUGACUUCAGCGUCAUAAAUUUGACCAAGUAUCUAGAAUAUAGUGGGCUCUCCCCAACUCUGCUUCGAUCUGUAGUUGAAUAUUGCAAGCACUUGUGGGAUCGGCAAAGAGGCAAUUGGCUGCCAGAACUGGCGCACCAGGCACCUCAUUGUCUUCGCGAAGAGAUCCUUAGUGCUCUUUACUUGCAUCACAUACUAACCCCAACCGUGUUUAGACGACUACCUGAUUAUUUUACUAGUCAGUUGGUGGCCAGAGUUGGAAGAGUCGUGAUAUUCCCUGGAAAGUGCAUAGUCCAAGAAGGUGAUAUGUAUUCUGUUAUGUACUUUAUUCAUGAAGGCGAAGUGGAAAAGUGGAUAAAUUUUCAAACUACUGAAAGGAAAUUCCUCUCUUUGUUGAGCACAAACGGGUAUUUUGGGCUCAUCCCUGGAUUGUUCCCCAACACGCGAUACCAAUUCACUUACACCACGCGGACGGUGGUUGACCUUGUAUAUCUUAGACUGCAGGACUGGUCCGAUCUGCUAGCUGCAUACCCAGAUAUAAAGGUUAAUUUAUAUACGAACGCUCGACAAAUGAAGAUCAAUAGAAGUAGUCAAUUUAAAAAAGAAAUAUCGGAUGCAUAUAUAACGAAAAUUUAGCAUUGGUAAUUUGAAUAGUUUAAUUCCGUUGUUUUGUUGUAGUUUGUCGUUUAUUUUCUUAAUUAUAUUGUUUAUUGUA